AUUCCGAUGUUAAAUGGACGUGACGUCAGAUAGAGAUUCGCGGAUCGCGUUUGUCACUCUCAUUUGAUGAACUUGCAAUUAACUCAAGGAGAAGGUCAAUGUGGAAAAGGUUCUCCAUGAAUACAAAGAGAUUUCUGAGUUGAAUAGCAUAUUGCAAUGAUUGUAGCGCCUGGAGCAUUGAUAUCGUGACCAUUUGUGAGAUCAUGAGUUAGAUAAACUUCUCAAGGCUUCAGAGAGCAGAGAGAUCGCACCAUGGGUCAAGAAGUGCCACUCCUCAACGAAUACAAGCGGGAUUUCUUCUGGAAGAGGUUCCCGCAGACCCUGCUAGGGGGUCCUAAGCUCAAGCUUGGCUUCUCUGCACCAGCCUAUGUCUACAUCAACCAACUCACACUCUUUCUCCUGCCAUGGCUCCUGGGAGGUUUGUUCACCAUUGUGGUGGAGCUAGAUGUCCUACAGGCCUACAUCGCUUACUACGUCUACGGGGCAUGCAUGGUGAUAUACGUCCUUGCAGCACAACUGAUAAGUCUGAUCAUCCAGCGUAGGGUGGACACAGUGGCAGCUUUUCAGAACACGAACGUCCUUGCAGAGGAAGACGAGGUCGAAUUUGACUCCUGCUGUGGCUACGAGACUUUCCAAUACGUCGUGCCUUUGAAGCGCUGGAAGAUCAACAUACUCCUGCAUGGGUUGGUAUCAGGGUUAAUGGGUGGACUUGGAUUCUGGUAUCUCCUGCCUUCAGUUCUGAAUCCCCUCUUCAAUAAUAUCGGAGCCACUGUCAUGAUUUACACGUUUGGAUGGUUAACACUUUGUAUAGCGCAGUAUCCUCUAAGCACAGGAUCACCUCCAGAGCCUGCAUCCUUCAGGGCUAUAGAUAAUCUAGAAGUGCUGCCCUUGUUGAGACCCUGCUAUGUCCUCAUCUGCCUUUUGGUUCAUCUUGCUUGGAGCUUUAGUCCAUCUUCACUCCUCCUGACCAACCAAAUUAUGCAUGUAGUCUUCAUCUUUCUGCCUGUCCUAUGGUGUCUGGGUGUCCUGCCUCCUCUUGAUGCUCUAGUCCUCUGGCUCAUGGAACAAACUCUAGUCCAUUUCCUGGGAGGAUCACCCAUGGCUGGAGACCUCAGGUCCUUCCUCAUGUUCGUGACCUCUGUCAUCAUCGCAGUAAUCACCUACUUCCUCCCGACCUCCCUGGCUACCAUUGUAUUCUCAGCAUGCUUCGGCUACAUCCUAUCCCUCGACCUCAGCAUCCUGGCCAAUCAGGUAAUAGCUUUCAUCAAGCAAUGUGUCAAGAAACCAACCAAUCACAGCCCAUCACACAAGAAGAAAUCUAGUCCCGAUCCAGCUGCAGAUGAAACUGAUGACAAGUUGAAAGCUAUGGGAUUGGGAUGGACGUUUGGAUGGCGAGAACUCCUGAUCAAUACAUGCAUGGUGUUGGUUGUUGGAGCUAUUUCAGGAGUCUGCACACACUUUAGCUCCUCUGCACCUUCAUCAGUUGUCAGAGGUCUUGGCUAUGCUAUCAUAGGGUUGAUGGUGAUUGUGAAGAUCUUGGGCGAUUGCCAGAAAGUUUUUGUCUUUUGGGGAUUGCUCAGAAACAAACUUUACCCAGACUCCAUCAGCAGCACACAGAAAUACAGUAAGAGGAAAAGGAAGCUUCACAGACUUGGCUUCAUAAAGAGAUUCGUACUUGAUUUAGUUUGCCCUUUUGUCAUGGAAGCAUACCUGGGACUCAUAGUGGCCUAUGCUGGGCUAACAUUGCCAUCUUUCUGGUUUGCAGUGGGAGCUGUCUACUCCUUUCGCAGGAUAUGGCAGCAUACAAGCAGCUCUUUACUAGAUGUGUCCAUCCUCCACGUCUUACUAGAGCUAAAUGUGUAUGGCUCAACAACAUAUGUUUCCUGGUGGCCUACAGACUAUGGUCUCCAGCUGAUCUUCAUAGGUCUCUUACACUCCUGGAUCAGUCAGACCCUGCACAAGGUCUACUGCUACCUGACCAUCCUCAUCACAUCCUACACCAUCGAGAAGCAACGAAGGAAGUCAUCCCUCCCGCUCAUCAUCAUCUCAAUCCUCCUCUUCCCAAUCGUCAUAGCAACCAUCAUGGCAUCCAGUAUCCUGUCGGCCCCUAUCUUACCCCUUUUCACUCUGCCAAUCAUGCUCAUCGGGUUCCCACGACCCCUCAGGUUAUGGCCUGGAGCAGUUGGUGCAGCAGCCAAUGUCUGUGCAGACACUGUGUACUACAAGCAGCUGGAGAAAAGCCUGAGAGGAGUAAUAAGGAGAGCGGUGGCCGCAGGCAGCUUGGGUGAGCUCGCCCCAGGAUCAUUCCUUCUACUACGAUUCCAGGAUCGCAUGGCAUGGCUCCAGGUCCUAGAGUGUGGCUAUGGCUUUAUUACAAUCAGCCUGAAGGGAAUGGAACUGCAGGAAACCUCCUGCCACACUGUGGAGGCUGCUCGGCUGGACGACAUCUUUGAAGCAGCCUUCACUCAUCCAAAGGAGAAAUUCCCAGUUUUUUCCCUCAACCAGUUCCCUAUGCACACCUUGACUCCCGUGGAUGCCCAGCCCGUGGACACUUACUCAGAUGCCAGAAACGUUUUGACUGGCAUCAUAGAUUCCCCGGAUACUUUAGAGUUGGUUGAUUCUUGUUUCAUCAAGACACUUGUGUGGCUUUUGAUGAGACACAAUUGUGCCAAAAGGAAAGACCUGCCCACUCCUUCAUCAACCAAUUCAGGAUCAAACAUUGGUAAUUUCAAGGAAAGUGGGAGCGUGAGCAGUAGAACGAGACUUGUACAAACGAAGAGGGUUGUCAGUGUCAGUGAAGACAGUGGACGAGCUGAGUCGAUAGAGUCCAAACCUAUGAGUAGUCAGGUCAAGAAGCAACAGCAGCCUAAGAGAAAGUCUUUGGUAGGUUCUUGGCAUAGUCUUGACAGCUGGGAUGAUGAUCCUCUAGAGCUAGACGUAAUGAACAGCAAACCCAAGUUGAAUUCCAGUGCAAAGAAGAAUGAAGGCCAGGUACUCAAAGAACCUGCUGGCCUUCCAGGUGCAAUCUCAGAUAUUUCUGAUGAUGAAGUAGAUGAUAUUUUGAAUGAAUUUGAAUUUGGUUUACCCGCAGUGGACAUCCAUGCUCCUAAGAAGACGGCAGCUGCAACAAAGAACAUUCCAUUUACCCAAAGAACCAUUAAUCUAAACGCCUCUGCCCAGUUUUCAUCUCCUCACUCAUCAAAGUUAAGCUUACCCCUCAAAUGGCGGGAGAUCCCCAUAGACCAGAAUCUCCUCGCCCCUCUCCUGCAGAAAUUCCCUCUGGACUGGUACAAGCAUGUCAUUGCUCAACUUGGUAUUGAGUCCAGCAAGUCUCCAGAGGACAUUGCAGCAGAGAUAGGCUCGGAUGAAGCCCUGACUACCAUGUAUGCCAACCUGGUCAUGGCAUGCUAUGGCAUUGUCAAUGUCUUUGGACUAGACGGUAUGUCUGCUGUAGGAGCAGGAGCUAGUCAUGUCUACAAGGUUUAUUCAGGCGAUAUCCCGUGGUCCAUGAACCAGGAAUGGCUGACAUCAGAUGAGGAGCUCCAUGUUAUUGUGUUGCAGGCCUACAGGUUUGCUUUCAAGCUCGCAUACGACCAAACCGUACUUGGUGAGGCAUCGGACCUGGAUGAGAUAGUAGAAUACCUUCAGGAGUAUGAGAGUGACUGGUACAUGGGAAGGGAUACCGAUGUAGCAUGGUCAGAAGCAGUCGAGAGCAAUAAACCAAGACUCUUCUCGCUCAUCUAUGAUACUAAUGAAAACACCUACAAUGGACGCGUCCUCUCCAGGCAGCCUGUGGUGGUUCACAUUGGACAGCUCAACUCUGAGAUGGUUCGCUCCCUUUGGUCUUCGCUCUCCCUAGAACUCUUCUACUUCACCAACGAUGAUGAGGAGAGAUACAGCAUCCAGGCUCAUCCAGUCAUUCUCAGAAACUUGACAGUCCAGGCAGCUGAUCCUCCACUGGGCUAUCCGAUCUAUGCCUCCAAGCCUAUCUCUAUUCCAACGUGGUAGGUCCUUCAGAACCUUCAAGGGUUCUUUUACUUCACCAACGAUGAGGAGAGAUACAGCAUCCAGGCUCAUCUAGUUAAUCUCAGAAACCUGACAGUCCAGGCACUGAGCUGAUCCUCCAAGCCUAUCUCUAUUCCUACGUGUACGUGGUAGGUCCUUCAGAACCUUCAAGGGUUCUUUUACUUCACCAACGAUGAUGAGAAGAGAUACAGCAUCCAGGCUCAUCUAGUUAUUCUCAGAAACCUGACAGUCCAGGCACUGAGCUGAUCCUCCAAGCCUAUCUCUAUUCCUACGUGGUAGGCCCUUCAGAACCUUCUAGGGUUCUUCUUCUUCAAGAUGCUCUGAAGAUUCUUGCAGAUGUAUAAUUGCGUGUGUGGCGAUAUAGGGAUGCCCAGGUGAAAGGUGUAUACAAUGUGCCAGGGUUCCUCUCCUGCACCAACAAUGAUGAGGAGAGAAUUAGCAUCAAGGCUCACCCUGUAACCCUGAGGAACCUCAAGGUCUAGUAUGUGACCUUCCCAUCUAUGCCUCCAACCACCUCUCUGUUCCUUUCAAGACCUUCUUGGUUUCAUCUACUUCAAAAUUUCAUGAGAGAUAUAGUAUCCACACUCGAUCUUAAUAUUCCUCUGGAACCUCGCAGUCCAGACCGCUGAUCAACAUCAUGGUCUUCCCUGUAAUUCCCUUCUAGCCCCUAGCUCUCUUUCUCUCGUCAGAAGACUUUUUACAUUUCUUACUCUGCUAGAAUAAUCACCCCCCCCCCCCCCUCUAACCAAUGAAUAAAUUUUGUAUUAAUCAGGAACAGAAUUUUGGUUCUAAGCAUCAUUGUUGGAAGAUCACAUUUUGGGGGUACUUUAUAAAAUUGUAUUAACUUCUUUAAUAGCUAACCUCCCAAAAAGAUAGAAUCUUCAAAGGGUUCAUUGAAUUAAUCAAAUGAGAAACAUGCGUGCACAGCACUAUUUCUUUGAUCUUCUAUGUAGCAUAAUGAAACUUUUGAUGAAAAUGUCCAAAUGUAGGCACAUGCCCUUCGGAUCUCUUCCUGUGAUAAGGCGAAAGCUUGCUGGUAAAUUAAACAAUCUUUCAAUUAUCAUGUGAUAAUUAUUAUUUCAUUGCAGCAUCUCAGUUAUAAUAAUCAUGUAUUUUGUACUUAAUGUAAUAUAUAUUGCUUCAUAUAAAUUUACAUAAACUUACAUUCAAAUUUAAACAUAGAUAUAUAUGUUUUAAUCAUCAAGAAAAUGUAAUUGCAAUCGAUUCUAAAAGAAUGAUUUUUCAGAGUAAAGAGGAAACUAAACAUGUAUAUAUUAAAUAUAUCGAAAUUAUUGGGAAGGAGGUUCUUUGUGGUACACUUAUAUGUAUUAUAGUACUGGUUUAUGUUGAGGCUAUGAGGAGAUUAAGUUUUUGAAGUGUUAGAAAGAUUGUCCCAAUCUUAAAGGACAAGCUUCUGUUUCUGGGCAUUCCUGUGCCAUACAUACUACAGUAGUAUAAAGUUGGUAUCCUACGAAUCAUGGUAGAUGUAUGCAUAGCUAUGUACCCUCACAUUAAAUUUUCUGCAGGUGCUUCUUAAAUGAUCAGUGAAAAAGAAAUGUCCACAAGAACGAACCUUUGCAGUCACCUUAGAAUCCUUAGAUGCUUUGGGACUUUUUUCAUUAGCUCUGGCAAAAAUUGGCCUUAGCCUAUGCAUGUUUGUAGAGUUGUAAUUUAUUCAGUAAGGAAAAAAUUACGAGAAAUAUCUUGUUCAAGAACUCUACCUAAUGACUUAAUUUUGUCUGUAUGAUCUUUUGCAGGAGAAAUUGUCACAAGAAGAUAGUGUUGUAUUUAAAAAAAAUUGCAAUUGGUCAAUAUCCCGGUACUUUUAAAGUCUUUGCUGGUGUGUGUAAAAAAGUAGUGCAAUUCCAUUGUCACAAACCAUAACCUUGAUAACAAAGUAUUUCUGUGAGUGAAUUGUGUACAUUAUAAUGGCAACUAUGGUCUAUAGAUAUCUAGCCUGACAUGUUUAAAUUCUGCGGGCCAAAAAUGUAAGUUAAAAACAAUUGAACCUGGUAUCAUGGAUUACUCGUUAUUAUUUUUGUCAUUAUUAUGUACGGUUUUGUUGUUCUUGUUGCUGUUGAUUGUUUCUCCUUGCCCUUUUUUAACCUCUGCUGUACAUUAUACUUAUUUUAAUUUUCAUUUCUUUGUCCAUUCCGUCCUUUAGAUUCUAAUUUAAAGAUUUUACACAGAAAAUUGACUAAAGUAGGAUAUAAUAAAACAUCGUAUGGCUAAUUAUACCUGCAAGUCUUGCAUUAUUCAGUCCCAUGACAACUCAAUGUGUGAACUGAGGCCCAAAACUUUUUUUUUCAUACUACACAAGCUACAUGGAAAAAAAAAGAAUCAUUGCUUUGAUACUUUUUGAGAGGCAAAUUUUGUAUUUUGGUACUUUAUACUGGUAGACUUGGAUUUUAAUACGUCUACAUUUAGGUGUAUGAAACAGUGUACAAAAAUUGUACAGCCUUUGUUAAAAAGAUCCGCAAAUAAUCAGAUAAAAGUCUAUCGUUAUUUAUCAAUGAAAAAAAAAAAAAAUUCUUUGGUGUGUGAAAAUGUAUGUGCUUGUCGCUUUUUGAUGUAAAGUUGUUACAUGUAAAAGAUUUUCUUUUACACUUACUUUAUGUUUCAUCAGUAUCUGCUGUCUGUAUAUGAUGAAUGUAAAUAGAAAAGAACUAUCAUCUCAGAUAUCACUCAUCACCUUGAUAUUCAUAGAAACAAAAUUAGAGAAAACUAUCAAAGAUAUUUGUAUGUGUGAAUUUUCAUUAAAAAUGUCCAAUCAGAA